GCCUAGCUUAGCACUCAGGUACACGCGGUCGGCGAUCGACCAGUCGUAGACCACUGGGCCACCAGUUAGGAGGCUCUACACUUCUCCAAACUUCCACAGAAGAUUUAUCUCCGGCUGAGAGGUAAAGCUGAUUAGCAUUUUUACCAUUUUUAAACCAUUUUUACCAUUUCUACAUCACUCUGGUCAACGACUAGUUACUUUACGACAGGCAGAGAAAGUGCUAUUUUCUUCGCGUGCUAUGUAUGACGUCAUUUCCGAGCGUAAUAAAACAUCGAUUCAGUACAGGAAUCGAGUAAACUUUUUAUGUAACAACUUUUGUUACUUUUCAAUCUGAUUCAAACUUCCGCGUUUUUUUCUUGAAUUGAGUUUUUACCGUAGCCGAAGCAUAAUGACGUCCCACUGCUGCCAUCUUGCGGCCAUAUUGAAAACUCAGAAAAGAGCCAUAAAAAUCGUCUUUAUUGCAAAGAAUGCGUACAACAGACAGUAAGGAGUGACUGUAAAUGACUGUGUUUGAAUCCGGGGGACUGCAUCCUACCUGGCCGCUCUACCAAAGCCAGACGUUCGGAGGCUCCUGCUCCAGCUGCGAAUCAGCCUGGUCGGGUCACAGGUCACAGGUCACAGGGGCCGCAACCUAAGAAGAGAAACCCAAAUCUCAGAUGGCCGAGCCACCUCAUCCGGAUUCUCUCAGUGCGGCGAAGCAGCGGUUCUACUCCAGAUUUCUCUCGGAUGACAACGCUUCUUCUCACCUUACCUCUAAAGGAGAGCCCAGCCACCCCGUGGGGGAAACUCAUUUGGGCUGCUUGUACCUGCCAUCUUGUCCCCACGGUCACGACCCCACGCUAAUGACCUUAAGCGAAUGCAGGAACGUCGUAGAUUUGGAUACGGAAGAAACAGUUAAGCGGAGUGGGUGUCCUCAGCAGAAAAAGGAGGCAUCUUUUCAACGUUCUGACCAAACUCCAUCCACACCCCCCCCUUGUCCACAGCCGUGUAGUAAGACAAGAAAGACAGUCAGCGAGGUGAAUAAAGCCUACAGAGAAAGAGUUAAAGCAGACCCUCAAAGGUACGAAACGCAUCUUGCUGAAAGUCGACAGCGCAGCAAAGAGUACCGAGAUGAAAUCCGCACGGAUGAAGAAAAGAGGAGGAGGAGCAAUGAAGCGGCGAGGUUAAGAAUGGCGAGGAUGCGAGCCAGGAAACGGGAACAGACUCUGGCUUCAGGAGGUCCAGCCAGAUUAAGAACACGCAAAGAUUGUCCAGCGAGAAGACGAACACGCAAAGAUGACAAAGACCAACACAAACUGAGAGAGAAGUGGAGGCUACAGAAACAAAAGCAGAGAGAGAAGUGGACGCCGCAGAAACGCGCACGUAUAAACAUGCAAAAGAGGAACGAACGGGCUGAAAAGAAGAGACAGGAAGUGGUGGCAGGAGUGUGUGAGCGAGCUGGUUCAACGCAGACUCAAACGGAAGGAAAUGAGAGCGGAGAGUGCAUCACAUUCGGUUCCUGAUGUCGACUCACUCAAAGCCGUUAUUGGAAAGAUCCUGGAAAAGGCCUCGCCAAGGAAAAAGGGGGCUUGUAGCAAAACCACAUCAAACUACUUCAAAUCAUUUCUUUACAGGACUUUCAAAUUAAGAGUUUUACCACGAUGUUCUUGCUGUGAUGUCAUGUUACACUCAAGAUCAUGUUCAUGUAUUUAUCCCAAAAUCUGUGGAAAUAUUGUUAUUGUUAUCACUCAUUUCCAUGCAGCAUCUUGUUGAAGUAUUCAAUAAUAAUAAAGUCCGCAAUAUCAUGUUUCUAUGUUUGUGUGUACACCAGGAGUAGGAGCAAGU